CUAUAAGCCUUUAUGAAGCCUUUCCUAUCCCAAAUUUCGUGAAUUUAGUUAAAUAUAUACAGGAAUUUAAGGCUUAUUAUCUAGGCAGAAGGAACAGAUGGGUAGAAAUUCAGUGAAAUUUGUCUUCUAAAAGAGCUAUCGCUUGUUUGUGAGCACACAAGAAUUGCAAGACGGUCACAGCCAUCACUCAUGGUAGCGGUAAAGAAAUACUAAGUAAACGUCAAAAAUGGCCGACGAGUUGGAUAAAAGUYCGCUUCAUUUCUUCAAAUACCAAGGCGCUGGAAAUGACUUCAUUUUAGUYGAUAACCGCAAGAACAUCUGGAAGAAAAUGAGCCUGGAGCAAAGUGUUUCUCGGCUGUGUCACCGACAUUAUGGGAUCGGCGCAGAUGGAAUUAUUUUAAUUCAGAACCACCAUGAUUUUGAUUUCCAGAUGGUKUAUUUUAACGCCGAUGGUAGCGAAGCGGAAAUGUGCGGCAACGGUGCCCGSUGCGCUGUUGCAUUAGCAAAACACCUUGGGAUUAUAAAAAAUACUGCUGUUUUCUUAGCAAAAGAUGGCGUUCAUGAAGGACGUAUUGACCCAGACAACAACUUUGUAGAGAUCAAAAUGCUGGAUGUUGUCCACAAGAUAGAGGUUGAGCCUGAUGGCAGUUGUAUACUUCAUACAGGCGUGCCUCACUAUGUGCAGUUUGUUUGCGAUCUGGAUAAGACUAAUAUCGUCUCCGAGGCAAGAAAGAUACGAUAUAAUGAGAAAUUUAAKGACAUAGGUAUCAACGUUAAUUUUGUAAGCACAGAAGAUGUUGUAGAAGAAUAGCAAACACUAGUCACGCAAGAUAGUGUCACGCGAAUUAACGCAUCACAAAACGACACAUCCAAUUAUCGUAUAAAAGUUUUUACAUACGAAA